ACUUGCACCUGACAAACCCGUUUCCGCCGUCACCUUCACUUCGCACCGCUCCUUCACCCUCGCCGCCUAGGCACAGGCAUGCGUCUUUGAGGUCUCGCCUCUGUCCUCCACGCUCGAGCAUCCACUCAGCCUCACUCGAGCAUUCGGACUGCGAACGGAGAUAAACGCCACUUACCCGCAGCAGUCAGCACCUCGGACUCCUCAGGCCUCAAUACUUCGCUGCUGUCUCGUCCAAGCGAGACGGCUGCGACUCGGUGGCCCACCACGCCUUCCGUCAAGAGAAAGCGAGAGAAUAUUGCUAGCAACGCUCCUAUCCUCGAAACAGCGGCUCGAAAGGCUACCAAGACCGCACACUGCAAGGUUCCUGUCGUGGACGCGGCGCUGCCUGCUACACCGCAGACGCUAGCGAGCGACAAGGACAUCAUGGAUAGCGACGAUGAGGUGCAGAGCUUGGCUAGCAGCGGGGAUAUCGGCAUGAUGGACGAUGAGGAUAGCAGCGUCGAUUUCGGUGCAGAUGACUCCGACGGCGAUAUGGACGACUUCAACGACGACGACGAGGGAGCCAUGUUUCAAUCGCAGGACAAGCUUAUGAAGCCGCAAAAGAAGGCGUUCGAGGUCGACUUCAAGGCCUACAGCCCCACAGACAUCCAGGCACAGCAGGACCAACAGAUCAACGAGGUCGCCACGUUACUCGAACAGCCCCACGAAUCGACAGCAAUACUACUUCGAUAUGCCAGAUGGAACAAGGAGCGAGUCAUUGAGCAGUACAUGGAUGAUCAGGAGGGGACAUUGGAGAAGGCAGGCCUUGGUCAAGAUCUACAAAGAGACCCACCUCGGAUCGAAACGAUAGAUGGUUUCGCUUGCGACAUCUGCUGCGAGGACGAGCCAGGCCUGCAGAGCUUCGCCAUGAAGUGCGCACAUCGGUACUGCGUCGACUGCUAUCGACAUUACUUGGUUCAAAAGAUCAGAGAUGAGGGUGAGGCCGCGCGGAUCAAGUGCCCUGGCGAUGGAUGCAAUAAGAUUGUGGAUUCCAAAUCGCUGGAAGUACUAGUGCCAACCGAGCUCAAAGACCGGUACCAUGAACUGCUGAUGCGAACGUAUGUGGAUGACAAAGAGAAUCUGAAGUGGUGCCCUGCGCCCGAGUGCAUCUACGCCAUUGAGUGCGGGGUGAAGAAGCGAGACUUGCAUCGAAUUGUGCCGACUGUCAUCUGUGAUCGCAAGCACAGCUUUUGCUUCGGCUGCACAUUGGCGGAUCACCAACCAUGCCCUUGCAAGCUGGUGAAACUGUGGCUCAAGAAAUGCGAAGACGACAGCGAGACCGCGAACUGGAUCAACGCAAACACGAAGGAGUGUCCGAAGUGCCAGUCGACGAUCGAAAAGAAUGGAGGUUGCAACCACAUGACUUGUCGCAAAUGCCGGAAUGAGUUUUGCUGGAUGUGCAUGGGUGUUUGGUCCGAGCAUGGCACGAGUUGGUACAACUGCAAUCGAUACGAAGAGAAGUCUGGAUUAGACGCUCGUGAUGCUCAAGCCAAGAGUCGACAAUCGCUCGAGCGCUAUCUCCACUACUACAAUCGAUACGCCAACCACGAGCAGUCUGCCAAGCUGGACAAGAAUAUCUUCGAGAAGACCGAGAAGAAGAUGCAACUUCUGCAGAACCAAUCCGGCUUGUCAUGGAUCGAGGUCCAAUUUCUCGAGAACGCUUCGCACGCUCUUCAGAUGUGCCGACAGACCCUGAAGUGGACAUAUGCUUUCGCGUACUAUCUCAAGCGUAACAACCAAACGGAGAUUUUCGAGGACAAUCAAAAGGAUUUGGAAAUGGCUGUCGAGAAUCUUUCGGAGAUGUUCGAGAAGCCCACGGAGCAGCUUUCGGAGCUGAAGGUGGAUAUGAUGGACAAGACGAGUUAUUGCAACCAACGUCGUAUUGUGCUGCUGGACGACACUGCCAAGAACUUGAAGGAUGGAAACUGGGAAUUCUCAGUUGAUAUAUAGCAUGACGACUGUCUCGUAGAAUCGAGCGAGGACCCUCCAGAAAGUCGAGAUAUGGCUGGGCAGCAGGAUGGCAUAUUCGAAGGUCCACUCGGAGGCCUACUCGAUAGAAUAGGCUGCUGCACAGGAUUGCAGCAAUGCGGAGUUUUUACGGAAUACCUUUACGACCACAGGCAUGAAAUCGGUGCAAAUGAGUUAUUGGAAUGGGCGCGCGGGCGGGCAAAGAUGUAGAUUUUCACUUUCCGUUGAGCGCAUGGAGUCACGGACACGGACGGAUUUUUUCCUUUCUUUUUCUAGGCAGACAUGCAUACGAGAACGACACAUUUUAGA